AUGUCUGGAGUGAUGGUUACAGCGUUGAUAAUUGCAGCGUAUAAAAACUACAGCUACUCCUUCCUCUGUCCAACCAUACUAACAUUUUGUUAUUUCGUGAAUUUUUUUCUGGCCGGGGCAUCAUUCUUCACUGUAAUCGCUAUCGGUAUUGACAGAUUUCUCGCCAUCACACUUCAUCUACGAUACCGAGAACUUGUCACCUCGAGCCGUGUUUUUAUGACGUUAGUUUCCGUAUGGCUAAUGAGUGGUGUAGCUGCCUGCAUAUACGUUUCUCUCAUUUAUACCAGUGAACUUGUAAUUGCGAUCAUUGAAAUUGCUGGACUUCUUUUGACAACUGCGGUCUAUAUUCGCAUUUACGGAGUUGUGAAAUAUCAUCAGAAUCAGAUACACAGUAAGCUUCAGCUUUCAAACUCGGCUCCUGAAGCAAGACAGCUGGUCCGAGAAAGAAAGUCAGCAUUCAAUGCCCUUGUCGUGUACAUUGUAUUCGUUACAUGUUAUCUUCCGUAUCUAUGUUCAAUGAUAAUGUUGGUAGCACAUGGUAAUUCUCCAUCGUCGUUUACAAUAGCUCAGAUGGUUGCACUGUUCUUGGUUUUUCUAAACUCUUCGCUGAAUCCCUUCCUUUAUUGCUGGCGAUAUCACGAAAUUAAGAAACGGGUGAAAAGUACAUUGAAGAAAAUAGUAACUUGCAAUUAAUGUCGCCGGGUAGGGUAUAAUUUCCGAGGGUCUCCGCGAUCCUUAAAAAGACAUUCAGUGUUCGCGGUUUGAUCCUAGGGAACGUAAAUUGUGUCAGCUAAAAUGUAAAUGCGUGAAUGCCGAUCGAUAUGCUACACGAAACAAAAAAUAUGUUAAAACUGAACUGAUCCUUUAGAGUAUUAAGAGUAAUAUUAGUUCAAGACAUUUAAUUCUCUGCAGUUGUUGUUGUUGCAUGUUAUUUCUCGAAUGGGGUUUCAUUUUCGGGUUUGGGCCUUUAAUUGGGACUAAUUUUUAUUUGUCUCAUCCUUAAAUAGGUCGGGGUUUAGGAAUCCCUGGGGACUGUGACAAUUUGUAAUAAUUAUGGCACUUUGUAAUUCCUGUCGCAAUUUGCAUUAACUAAAUUGCACUUUGUCGCAAUUUGGAAUAAACCGUGUCGCACUUUUCAAUGAAUAAGUAAUAACUGUGCAUCGCACUUUGCAAUUAACUAAACCUGGAAAGUAGGAGCUUGUGCAACCAGCCUUGUGACGUACUUCCGGUUUAAGGGUUGGGAUGGACGGCAACUGCUUUACACAAACAUUUUUUGGCUGUUCCAGGGAACGCACUGAAGUUGAAGUAUUAUUAGAAAUGGUAAAGAGGCACUAAAUGCACUUUUGGAGCACAAAGAUUGACGAAAUACUAACUAAACCGCGGAUAGCUUUUCGUGCCGACAUGAAAACUUAUCCGGUGUAGUAUCAGCAGUAUGAACACCUAUCCGAUAUGUGACACUUAAGAAGAGAUCAGCACGUUGCAGCUUCGCCCCGUUACAAAACUCGCGCCGAAAUUACCGUGUUUGACGGAACCCCUAUCUGGUAUGGUUUCUGUGCAGGCGCAAAAGCUAUUCGGUAUGGUGUGAUUAAAGCCUUAAUUGUCGCAUCAGGAAUCUUCGUCACCAUUCUGGGAAGUCACACACUUGACGUUAAAUUUGCAAUUCUUUUCUUCGCUAUGGCUACUCAGUUUUGCAAUCAGGAGUUGGCGAAGCUGGCACAAGUUGCAAACCAUCACGCAGCUCUUAUUUUGACGUACCGCGUGUUAAACCUGAUUUUCGCUUUGGUGACGUCUCUCGGAAAUAUCCUCGUAAUUUGUGCUAUUUGGAACGCCUCAUCGAUUCCAUCUAAUGUAAAGAAGUUGUUUCUUAGUCUCGCUUUCUCGGAUCUUUUGGUAGGAGUAAUUUUACAGCUAAUGCAUGGAGUCAUCACCGGAGUCAUACGAACAGAAGUGAGCAGAGACAAAAACUAUGACUUUCUCUGUCCGACAGUCCUAACAAUUUGUUAUUUCCUCACUGUGUUUUUGGCUGGUGCUUCAUUCCUCACUAUAAUCGCUAUCGCCGUGGACAGACUUCUUGCCAUCUCUCUUCAUCUCCGAUACCGCGAGCUUGUCACCUCAAACUGCGUUGUUAUUGCUUUGGUUUCUGUAUGGCUAGCAAGUGGCGUAACUUCGUCGAUAUACGUUUCUCUUCAUAACAACAAGGAGCUGGUAGUUGCGAUAGUUCAAAUUGUCGGACUUAUUUUAACAACUGUCGUAUAUAUUCAUUUUUUAUAUACUAAAACAGUGGAUAGUGUUUUUCGCGCGGUCUGAUUGGCUACUCAAUCAGUGAAUAUCCUGCACUAUUCACUGAUUCACCUCCAGUUCCUCCGAGCGACCGACGCCAAACUCGCUUAAGUUGCAAUUUUGAAGAAAUUUCCCCGCAAGAGCUAAACAAAUGCCUUCAAAAGUUUUAGUUGUCGGCAAGAAAAAGCGACGGCCGCGGCCGCCCGGUCAUUACGCGCCAAAAUUGUAAUCGUUAGCAACACUAUUUGACUUAAAAAUCGUCAUUUUUGUGCUCAAUGAUCUCACUGUUUUAGUAUAUACUUCGCAGUUCGGUAAAUAUCCAGGACUAGCCACCUCCACUUCGGUGAAUAAUUGUUAUAUAUACAGAGUUGUUAAACAACAUCAGAAUCAGAUACACUGUCAGCACCGGUUUUCAAAUACUCAAGCAACCGAGUUGCUCCGUGAAAGAAAGUCGGUGUUUAACGCUCUUAUUGUGUAUGUUGUUUUUCUUGCAUGUUAUUUUCCUUACUUAUGCUUGAUGAUAUUGAUAACAGCUAGUGGACCAACAACAGCGACCAUGAUGGCUGAGAUGGCUGCACUUUUCGUAGUUUUUCUGAAUUCUAUGUUAAACCCCUUCAUUUAUUGCUGGCGAUAUCAAGAAAUUAAGGAAAGCGUGAAAAGCGUGUUGAAAAAAAUAAUUAUCUUCCAGGCUUUGACUGAACUUUAG